UAUACGGCACCCCCGCUGAGCGGCGCACUUCUCGCGAGGCUGAAGGCAGGGACGGGUCCGACAUGGCGGAAGAGGAGGUGGCCAAGUUGGAGAAGCACUUGAUGCUUCUCCGACAAGAGUAUGUCAAGCUGCAGAAGAAAUUGGCUGAGACAGAGAAGAGAUGCACUCUUUUGGCAGCGCAGGCAAAGAAGGAAAGCAGCAAUGAGUCCUUCAUCAGCCGCCUGCUGACGAUCGUGGCAGACCUCUAUGAGCAGGAGCAGUAUAGUGAUCUGAAGAUAAAGGUUGGGGGCAGACAUAUCAGUGCUCACAAGUUUGUCCUGGCGGCCCGCAGUGACAGUUGGAGUCUGGCCAGUUUGUCUUCCACUGAGGAGCUGGACCUGUCAGAUGCUAACCCUGAGGUGACAAUGACUAUGCUUCGCUGGAUCUACACAGAUGAGUUGGAGUUCAGAGAAGAUGAUGUGUUCCUGACUGAGUUGAUGAAACUCGCUAAUCGGUUUCAGCUACAGCUCCUUAGGGAGAGAUGUGAGAAGGGUGUUAUGUCUCUCGUGAAUGUCAGAAACUGUAUUCGCUUCUACCAGACCGCAGAGGAACUGAAUGCCAACACGUUGAUGAACUACUGUGCAGAAAUUAUUGCAAGUCAUUGGGAUGACUUGCGGAAGGAGGACUUCAGCAGCAUGAGUGCCCAGUUGUUAUACAAAAUGAUCAAGUCCAAGACCGAGUACCCCUUACAUAAAGCUAUCAGAGUGGAGAGAGAAGAUGUGGUCUUCCUUUAUCUAAUUGAAAUGGAUUCACAGCUCCCUGGGAAGCUGAAUGAAGUGGACCAGAACGGAGAUCUUGCUUUAGAUCUGGCCCUUUCACGACAACUAGAAAGUAUUGCCACCACACUGGUUACUCACAAAGCUGAUGUGGAUAUGGUAGACAAGAAUGGCUGGAGCUUGUUACAUAAAGGAAUCCAAAGAGGAGAUCUCUUUGCUGCCACCUUCCUCAUUAAGAGUGGGGCCCAUGUCAAUGCUGCUACAUUGGGUGCCCAGGAGACACCAUUGCACCUUGUGGCAUUGUACAGUUCAAAGAAGCACCCAGCAGAUGUGAUGUCUGAGAUGGCACAGAUCGCAGAAGCCCUCCUUCAGGCUGGUGCCAACCCCAACAUGCAGGACAGCAAGGGCAGGACUCCCUUACACUUGUCCAUCAUGGCCAGGAAUGAAUAUGUGUUCAAUCAGUUGCUGCAGUGUAAACAAUUAGAUUUGGAACUGAAAGACCAUGAGGGCAGCACAGCUCUGUGGCUGGCAGUGCAGUAUAUCACUGUGUCUUCCGACCACUCUGUGAACCCCUUUGAAGACCUCCUGGUGGUAAAUGGGACUUCAUUUGAUGAAAACAGCUUUGCAGCCAGACUCAUUCAGCGAGGCAGCCACACCAGUGCCCCUGAUAUGGUGACAGGAAAUUGCUUACUACAGCGGGCAGCAGAAGCAGGAAAUGAGGCAGCAGCUCUUUUCCUGGCAACCAAUGGUGCCCACGUCAACCACAGAAACAAGUGGGGAGAAACUCCACUGCACACAGCCUGUCGGCAUGGCCUGGCCAACCUCACUGCAGAGCUCCUGCAGCAGGGUGCCAACCCAAACCUACAGACGGAGGAAGCUCUGCCUGUGCCAAAGGAGGCUGCAUCCCUGACCGGCUCAGUGGACAACGUCUAUCUGCAGACACCGCUGCACAUGGCGAUUGCCUAUAAUCAUCCAGAUGUGGUGUCUGUCAUCCUGGAGCAAAAAGCUAAUGCUCUUCAUGCCACCAACAACUUGCAAAUUAUUCCGGACUUCAGCCUCAAGGAUUCCCGAGACCAGACUGUGCUGGGCCUGGCAUUGUGGACAGGCAUGCACACGAUUGCAGCCCAGCUGCUGGGCUCCGGAGCUUGCAUUAAUGACACCAUGUCCGAUGGGCAGACCCUGCUGCACAUGGCAAUGCAGCGGCAGGACAGCAAGAGUGCGCUGUUCCUGCUGGAGCACCAGGCGGAUAUAAACGUCAGGACUCAGGACCGGGAGACUGCCCUUCAGCUGGCCAUCAGAAAUCAGCUUCCACUUGUAGUGGAUGCCAUAUGCACCCGAGGAGCUGACAUGUCUGUGCCCGAUGAGAAGGGGAACCCCCCACUGUGGUUGGCAUUGGCAAAUAAUCUGGAGGACAUUGCAUCCACUCUGGUCAGACAUGGUUGUGAUGCCACAUACUGGGGUCCAGGCCCUAGCGGGUGCCUUCAAACACUCCUGCACAGAGCCAUUGAUGAAAACAAUGAGUCCACCGCCUGCUUUCUUAUUCGCAGUGGUUGUGAUGUGAAUAGUCCCAGACAACCCGGUGCUAAUGGAGAAGGAGAGGAAGAGGCCAGAGAUGGUCAGACCCCCUUGCAUUUGGCAGCCUCCUGGGGGCUGGAAGAAACGGUACAGUGUCUUCUGGAGUUCGGUGCCAAUGUAAAUGCACAGGAUGCAGAAGGAAGAACGCCUGUCCAUGUGGCCAUCAGCAACCAGCACAGUGUCAUCAUUCAGUUACUGAUCUCCCACCCUGACAUCCACUUGAAUGUACGAGACAGACAAGGGCUGACCCCUUUUGCCUGUGCCAUGACUUACAAGAACAACAAGGCAGCCGAGGCCAUCCUAAAGCGGGAGUCUGGGGCUGCUGAGCAGGUGGACAACAAGGGCCGGAAUUUUCUUCACGUGGCAGUUCAGAACUCUGACAUUGAAAGUGUCCUUUUCCUGAUUAGUGUCCACGCUAAUGUGAAUUCUAGAGUCCAGGAUGCUUCUAAGUUGACCCCUUUGCAUCUUGCUGUCCAAGCAGGCUCAGAGAUUAUUGUCCGCAAUUUGCUUCUUGCAGGAGCCAAAGUGACUGAAUUAACCAAGCACCGCCAGACUGCUCUCCACCUCGCUGCGCAGCAGGACCUGCCCACCAUCUGCUCAGUCCUCUUGGAGAAUGGAGUGGAUUUUGCUGCCGUGGAUGAGAAUGGAAAUAAUGCUCUUCAUCUCGCUGUCAUGCACGGUCGGCUCAACAACAUCCGGGUCCUCCUGACAGAGUGCACUGUGGAUGCCGAAGCCUUUAAUCUAAGAGGCCAGUCACCACUGCACAUUUUGGGACAAUAUGGCAAAGAGAAUGCAGCAGCCAUCUUUGAUCUCUUCUUGGAGUGCAUGCCUGAGUAUCCUCUGGAUAAACCAGAUGCGGAAGGAAACACAGUGCUGCUCUUAGCAUACAUGAAAGGGAAUGCCAACUUGUGCCGUGCUGUCGUCAGAUCUGGGGCUCGCCUUGGGGUGAAUAAUAACCAAGGAGUCAACAUUUUCAACUACCAAGUUGCCACCAAGCAACUUCUGUUUAGACUGUUAGACAUGCUGUCCAAGGAGCCCCCGUGGUGUGACGGCUCCAACUGCUACGAGUGCACUGCCAAGUUUGGGGUCACAACUCGCAAACAUCACUGUCGUCAUUGCGGACGUCUUCUUUGCCAUAAGUGCUCGACCAAGGAGAUUCCCAUUAUAAAGUUUGAUCUGAACAAGCCCGUGCGAGUUUGCAACAUUUGCUUUGAUGUCCUGACUUUGGGUGGGGUCUCUUAGCCCCCAGGAGGGGCUAGGCCACGUUCCCAGUCACCUCCCCAGCAGCUGCUCUGCUCACCAGCCUGACACCCCCAGAGUGGGAGCUGGCAGUCGUCUUCCUGUGGCAACAGACUGGAACAGCUAAGCACCAUGGUGUGAUAGAUCCCAUUUCACAUUUUCUGUAUGAUUGUUGGUGUGUCAGAAUGUGAUCAGGUUCACUAGAUGUCUCACCAUUUGACCCGGCUAUUUAGCCUAAGUGGUUAAUGUGGUAGGAAUUAGACCCCAAUCUGCUAACAACGUACAAGGACACUUCAGAAACCAUUUUCUCUUCUAGUAGCUGAGUGUCCAUCUCAGCAUUCAUGCAGUGUUUCUGACCGGGUGGACUUAUUAGGCAGAUCCUGACAGUAGGAAGCUGGCAUCUGACUGCUUCAUGAGAGCUGGCUUUACUCUAGGGGAAGUGGCUGUGGACUUUUCUGCACAGUGUUUUCAUAAAGAUUAUAGGAUCCUCUUGCCCUGAAGUUUUUUUGUUUUAUUUGAAAAGCUAAGCUGUAUUUUUAGUGAGCUACCCCUUUGAAAAAGGUGAAUGAAAUCUUUUUAAACAGGGUUCAAAGGUGAGAGCUGAAAAUCGUGGCCUUAACAACUGAAAGCUUUACCAGUAAUCAUGCUACUCAGGUGUCAGAAGUGCCAUUUGGCAGCCUGACAUCUGGCAGCUGUCAUAUUCUUAUCUUGCCAUGUCCUGCCUGUGGAGUCCUCAGCCACUCUGCCGCCAGGGCCUGGUGGGAGAGCGCACUUGCCUUGUGCUGCACUUUUUUUAUAGCUGCAUUAUUGGUGAUUCCAGUUUAAAGUUCCAUAUUCGAAAAUGCCCUCACACAUCCAUGCAUCAGUGAUUUGAAUGAUCAGUUGACUGGACCUCAGCUCACACUGUCUUAAAGGGAAAACUCCCACAGCAGAGUGGACCAAGAGAGUCACACAGGCCAAGUAAUGAAAAGGAGAGUCUCCAGCUUCAGUCUGGCAGGUCCCCUGCUUGACACGAAUGCUUCUUAUGGACAUCUUCCCCAGUUACAGCGAACACUGUUGGUCCCAGGUCCCAAUUCUGUGUAACUUGCCUGCCCCGUAAGAGCCAACAGCUGAAAGCCCUGGCCGAGUGCGUGUGCCCGUUUUCGGAAGGCUCUGGCUUGUAUGCUGCACAAGGCCCCAGAGCUCAUUGGGCCUCAUCGCUGCUAGUACAUAUAUUAACCCUGAGGUGUUAAACUUCUUUUCUUUCAAAGGUUUGGCCAGUUUUUACAAAAUGCACAUUUAAAGAAAAACUUCUACCACUGCUUUAAAAAAAAACCAGAACUCUUGAGAUGAACAAUAUGUGUGUGUAGUUAUACUCAGACAUUAAUAAUCUCAAUCAUACGGAUUUUUUUAGACAUUUAAUAACCACUACAUUUUUUUUGCAUUAAUGAAGUGUGGGUAUAUGUGUAAAAGGGACUAAAUAUUUUUUUGCAACAGCUGGUUUUUUUGUUUCUUUGGAUAUGGUAUGUCCUCAGUGUUGCUAUAGAUUUAUACAUUCUGUUGUCUAAUAUGUGUGUAAAAUAAGCUGAUAAACCAGUGUUUUUUAAAAUAUUUCUGUGAUUUAUAAGAUAUAUAUGCUUUUUAUGUUAAUAUGAGCUUGUGCACAAUGUUUAAAACAGUUAACUAGAAGAGUUCCCCUAUCCCCUAAAGACUAUGGCACAUUUCAUACAGAAUUUUUAUAGAAAAACAACUAGUCUUGGCGGACACUUAACCAUGUGAGGCACGUGGUCAGUUUCCAGUUUUGGUGACCUGAACGGGGCCAUGAGGAAGUGGGGCUUAGUUAUUAGGUGGCUUGAUUCUUUAACUGGAAACUAAGGUAAUUAUUGCGAAUCAAGGUGAUCGGUACUUUAUACCUGUUUUUCUGCUUUCAUGAUUUAGAAAGGAGGGCAGUUCAGUCAGGUUUGGCUCAUUGUUCUGCCCCUGCCUGUCCAUUCCAACUGUAGUGACAGUCUUACCUCUAAUUGCACUCAAACUCUUAAAAUCAUGUUUUAAGACCCUUAAAACAUGUUCAGUUAAGCUUUUUCUCAGCACAGUCCAGGGAUGGUUAUGGUACUGAGCAGCCAUGGAUUGGGGCAACAUUUCUACAUUGGCUUCAGAGUGCCCUCUUGUAGAUCUAGAAAAAACACCAUCCACAGUCUUAGGCCCCUUAGCAUGCUGCGUGCGCUGGGCUGCACCCAGCAGACUCCCUGAACGGAGGCUCCCUGCUGAGACUCCCUCUACUGCCCUGGCUGGAAUUUUACAUGCUCUUACUCCCCAGGCUGUCGAGACUUGACUACAGAACUGUCUAGCUGUUCUUGUUAAAUUUUAAUCCAUAGCUUAAAUACUAAUAGCAAAAACUGAAAUUUUACUCAUUUAGAAAGUUGCCAACUGUGAAUGAAUAGAACAGGAAGAAUAAACUUACAAAAUAUAAUUUGCUGUAUCAGUCAACAUUGUUAUGCUGACUAGCUUUUAAACUGCCUCUUGCUUCUCAUCAGAUUUAUUAUACAGUGUAUUCCUAAGUCUUUUUUUUUUUUUAAGACAAAGGUACAAACCACGUGCUAUAUAUAAAUCAAAUGGCUAAACUGAACUUACUAUUAUCUCUAACACAGGAAUUUCCCACAAACUUAAGUGCCUACACUUAGGAGUUUUGAUUUUCAGUUUUCAUUUUAGUGAUGUCUCACUGAAUGAUGCAUUAGAAGAUGUACGUUCCACUUGGAGCUCAUUGCCUGUGCAGUCAACCCCCAGUUACCAGUUUAGUUGAGGCUGGAUCCGGCUGCUCAGUUUGCCUGCCGUAUUCUCUCCAGGAGUGGGGUCUGUGUGACUGUUAGUCCUCUACCUCAGAGCCCUGAGUCACUUCUGACCACCCUGUUCAGCUUCCUCACUCUUCUCCCCGAGUGGGUCCCUGCAUGGGGCUCAACAUGCUGUGGGUCCACUACCACUCCUAGUUCAUGUCCCCCCUGGUGUCUUGAACGGUAUUGUGCUAAUCUUUGUAGGCACGAAGUGAAGGGAAAGUCUUGGGAGGCGGGAGAGCCUUGAUCUCCAUCUAGGCUUCUUUUAUCUGGAGAAAAAGAACACUACUGAACUGUGUAAGUGCUUCGACCUGAUAGGCAAACUACUCCCCAGGUGACAGGAGCGUGGGUAAGUAAAUGUACCGCUUCCAUGACAGACCCGCUUGGAGCUUGGCAGGUUGAGACUGUGAAGUUGCUCCUGAAAAAAGCUUGCUUCCUGGACCUGGGAUUGCUUCCCUCUGGACAAGCCACAGAAGGAGGCAUGGGACUGGCAAGCACAGCCACCCCUAAUGUGAAGCAUCAAAGCUCCCCACACCCAUCUGAGGAGAGGAGAAAGCAGAGGAACUUUCUGUAGGGGUUUGGAAACCACAUUCUCAUUCUGUGGAAGUAAUUUAGUGAGCAGCUGAUUGUUUGACAAGAUACAAACUAAACACUUACUGAAUUCCCAGAAGUUAUCAUAGAUGCCUUAAAGACUUUCUUUGGAAGAUCAUUGCCUGUACAGUUCCUUUUUUUGUGUGGCAUAAAUAAUGUAUCAGUGGGUUACAACUGACAACACUGGCUUUCUGUAGCUAGGGAGUCGAGUUAACAACUUGUCCUUGGCAGGUAUGUGGAGGUAGGUGUAUGUGGACAUGCCAGUGAACCAAGGGGGAGGGCAGUAGCUGGGCAGAAACUGCAGGCACACAUUUGGGUUGAUCACCUUGGCUUCCAGGCCAUGCAGCUGGUGCUCACUGUGGGAUGACGGCAUCAAAUAGGACCAUGGCGCGUGCUUACAUAGCAGCAUUGUUUCUUUGGAGUCUGUGUAAUGGAAAGUAGUUUUCAAAUAUUGGCAUUUGCAUUUUCUGUAACAAUUCCUUAUAAUAAAAUGUAAAAUUGUGCAUUUAAAGUGGAAACUUUAAUAAGACUUUUAUAGUUACUUUUAAUGCAGAAGUACCAAUAAGUAUUAAAAACAAUUUUUUUGAGGUAUAAUAAAAUGCUCAGAUCUUA